GCUGCCAAAGACUAACUCUUAUCUCUCUCCCCAACCCUUCUCUCCAUCUCCCUCCCUUAGAUGUGUUUGCACAGAAGAGUGCCCAGUGAAGAGACCUACUCCUUGGAUCGCUUUGCGCAAAAUCCACCCCUUUUCCCUCCUCCCUCCCUUCCAGCCUCCGAAUCCCGCAUGGCCCACCCUCCCCUCCUGCAGCGGUGCGGGGCAGGGGAUGAGCCUCUGUGAACCACUAAGGUGGGAGGGGGCAACAGGCAGAGGAGAAUGUCAGAUGCUCAGCUCGGUCCCCUCCGCCUGACGCUCCUCUCUGUCUCAGCCAGGACUGGUUUCUGUAAGAAAUAGCAGGAGCUGUGGCAGCGGCGAAAGGAAGCGGCUGAGGCGCUGGGAACCCGAAAAGUGUCGGUGCUCCUGGCUACCUCGCACCGCGGUGCCCGGCCGGCCGUCAGUACCAUGGACAGCAGCGCUGUCCCCACGAACGCCAGCAAUUGCACUGAUGCCUUGGCGCACUCAAGUUGCUCCCCAGCACCCAGCCCCGGUUCCUGGGUCAACUUGUCCCACUUAGAUGGCAACCUGUCCGACCCAUGCGGUCCGAACCGCACCGACCUGGGCGGGAGAGACAGCCUGUGCCCUCCGACCGGCAGUCCCUCCAUGAUCACGGCCAUCACCAUCAUGGCCCUCUACUCCAUCGUGUGCGUGGUGGGGCUCUUCGGAAACUUCCUGGUCAUGUAUGUGAUUGUCAGAUACACCAAAAUGAAGACUGCCACCAACAUCUACAUUUUCAACCUUGCUCUGGCAGAUGCCUUAGCCACCAGUACCCUGCCCUUCCAGAGUGUGAAUUACCUAAUGGGAACAUGGCCAUUUGGAACCAUCCUUUGCAAGAUAGUGAUCUCCAUAGAUUACUAUAAUAUGUUCACCAGCAUAUUCACCCUCUGCACCAUGAGUGUUGAUCGAUACAUUGCAGUCUGCCACCCUGUCAAGGCCUUAGAUUUCCGUACUCCCCGAAAUGCCAAAAUUAUCAAUGUCUGCAACUGGAUCCUCUCUUCAGCCAUUGGUCUUCCUGUAAUGUUCAUGGCUACAACAAAAUACAGGCAUGGUUCCAUAGAUUGUACACUAACAUUCUCUCAUCCAACCUGGUACUGGGAAAACCUGCUGAAGAUCUGUGUUUUCAUCUUCGCCUUCAUCAUGCCUGUGCUCAUCAUUACCGUGUGCUAUGGACUGAUGAUCUUGCGCCUCAAAAGUGUCCGCAUGCUCUCUGGCUCCAAAGAAAAGGACAGGAAUCUUCGAAGGAUCACCAGGAUGGUGCUGGUGGUGGUGGCUGUGUUCAUCGUCUGCUGGACUCCCAUUCACAUUUAUGUCAUCAUUAAAGCCUUGGUUACAAUCCCAGAAACUACGUUCCAGACUGUUUCUUGGCACUUCUGCAUUGCUCUAGGUUACACAAACAGCUGCCUCAAUCCAGUCCUUUACGCAUUUCUGGAUGAAAACUUCAAACGAUGCUUCAGAGAGUUCUGUAUCCCAACCUCUUCCAACAUUGAGCAACAAAACUCCACUCGAAUUCGUCAGAACACUAGAGACCACCCCUCCACGGCCAAUACAGUGGAUAGAACUAAUCAUCAGCUAGAAAAUCUGGAAGCAGAAACCUAACAGGGUCUCAUGCCAUUCCGACCUUCACCAAGCUCAGAAGCAGGUUGCUUCAAGAAUGUGUAGGAGGCUCUAAUUCUCUAGGAAAGUGCCUGCUUUUAUGUCAUCCAACCUCUUUCCUCUCUGGCCACUCUGCUCUGCACAUUAGAGAGACAGCCAAAGUAAGUGGAGCAUUUGGAAGGAAAGGAAUAUACCACACCGAGGAGUCCAGUUUGUGCAAGACACUUAGUGGAAGCAAAACCCACCGUGGUAUGUGAAUUGAAGUCAUCAUAAAAGGUGACCCUUCUGUCUGUAAGAUUUUGUUUUUAAGCAAAUAUUUAUGACCUCAUCAAAGAAAAACCAUCUUUUGUUAAGUUCACCGUAGUAACACAUAGAGUAAAUGCUACCUCUGAUCAAAGCACCUUGAAUGGAAGGUCCGAGUCUUUUUAGUGUUUUGCAAGGGAAUGAAUCCAUUAUUCUAUUUUAGACCUUUAACGUUCAUCUUAAAAUUAGCAUCUGGCUAAGGCAUCAUUUUCACCUCCAUUUCUUGGUUUUGUAUUGUUUAAAAAAAAUAACGUCUCUUUCAUCUAGCUCCGUAAUUGCAAGGGAAGAGAUUAGCAUGAGAGGUAAUCUGAAACACAGUCGUGUGUCAGCUGUAGAAAGGUUGAUUCUCAUGCACUGCAAAUACUUCCAAAGAGUCAUCAUGGGGGAUUUUUCAUUCUUAGGCUUUCAGUGGUUUGUUCCUCAGUUUUAAAUGUGCAAUUUUCUUGCUCCUAUUUAAGUGUUCACAAAAGGUAAUAGUCAAUGAGCUCAUCACUUCAUCCAUGCAGGAAGUCAAGCAUUUAAAUGUACUCGUUAUUUCUCACUGGUUUCUCCAUACUGCAGGCUCCCCACAUAUUGUUUUCUUUUUUUAACUCAGCUCAGAAUCCUUAUGCCUUUUGAAUCAGUGUGAUAAAAUGACAGAUGUUUUUGUUGAUUGCCAGAACAGUUUAAACUUUUUUUAAAUAAUAAAUCCAAUAAACAUAAUCUCAAGACAGACUCAAAUGACCAUAUAGAACAGUGUGUCAUCUAUUUUUCAAUCCUUUGUAGUCACUUGGAUGUGAAAUAUUAACAAUGGCCCAAAAAUAUUUUCCUGAAGAUUGUGUUUAUAUAAUGUCAUCACCAGUAUUUUGGUCUUCUUGAUCUCUGCUAAAUGUCAAGAUUUCCUUUGUAAAGUGUCAAUCUUCUAAGUAGUUUCUCUAAGACAAUUCUCCUCUUUAACUGAUUUUCUUUGUUGUGAAACACAGUAGAAAUUUGGCAAUCACCCAUUUUACUUGAUCUAGGUAGACAGCCAAGUCAGAUGGCCCAUGCCGAGAAGCUUUCCAUUUUGAACUUUUGUCAGCAUUGAUUAAGUGAAUCAAAUACCUUGUAGUUACCUAUGAAGAUACAAGUAAAAAACUAGACUGCUGACUUCUGAGUAUUCCUGAGUCUACAAUCUGCCAGAAGACUCCAUUGUAAAAUUUGUAUUUCUUCAUCAAUCUGACAAGGCACAAAUAUGUGCCAGAUAUACAAAAGCAAUGUUUCUAGAAAACAGCUAUCAUGGAUCAGAAUAACUGAAUUUACUCUCAGAUCUAUUGGCUAUAGUUAUGUGGACUCAACCCAUGUAUCCAGUAGAUGGGAAAAAACAAAAGCCAAAAUAAGUGUUUUAAUAUUCCCUUCUGAUGAAGUUUCAUGUUUGCUUGUAAUAAUCUCCAUUUCUCAAAUAUUAUGUUCCAUAAUAGUCAUAUAUUAUGUUUUUUAUAUUUUCUGACAAAAGUAACUAAAACAAGGACCUUACAAAGAUUUAGAAUAAGUGUACUAGUGUGUAUAUAUUUACAUAUAUACACUACUAGAGCUUCCAUAAGUAAAAUAGAUAAUUCAAACAGAACACAAUGUAAUAUUUGUAUGUCAAUAACCGAGGACGAAAAUUCAUGCUUUUCAUGGGCUAUGAUGGUUUCUCCCAAGGGAUGACAUAGUAUUGCUUUUGCUCAUUAGUCUGUUUUUCAGCAAUCAUUGUUUCUGCUUAGUACCAGCUCCUAGUACGAAUUAUCUGGCACGUUAUUGAGAGCAACUUUGUCUUCAAGCAGGACCUGAUCUAUCUUUUUCCACAAAUGUCAUGUGUGUGAACAAGUUUCUUCCAUGUCAUCUUUGCGAC